AUGUCGAUGAGCCCUAAGCAUACGACUCCUUUUUCUGUUUCCGAUAUCUUGAGUCCCCUCGAAGAGAGCUAUAAGAAAGUAAGUAUGGACAACAACAACUUGGGGGCUCCUCUCGCGUCUUACCGGCAGCCGCAGGUCUCUCAGGCGGCAAUGCAGCACCAGCACAUGGGUCACAACGGUACCGUCUCCGCGGCCGCUUACCACAUGACGGCGGCCGGGGUCUCGCAGCUGUCGCACACCGCUAUGGGAGGCUACUGCAACGGGAACCUGGGCAACAUGAGCGAGCUGCCGCCGUAUCAGGACGGGAUGAGGGGCAGCGCCACGGCCACGGGAUGGUACGGGGCCAAUACGGACCCACGCUUCUCCACAAUCUCCCGCUUCAUGGGCUCCUCCUCGGGCAUGAACAUGGGCAGUAUGGGCAGCCUGAGCUCUCUGGCCGAGGUGGGCAAAGGAAUGGGGUCCCUGUCCAGCGCCCCGCGGAGGAAGAGGCGCGUGCUCUUCUCCCAGGCGCAGGUGUACGAGCUCGAGAGGCGAUUCAAGCAACAGAAAUACCUGUCUGCCCCCGAGCGCGAGCACCUGGCCAGCAUGAUCCACCUGACGCCGACGCAGGUGAAGAUCUGGUUCCAAAAUCACCGCUACAAGAUGAAGCGUCAGGCCAAAGACAAAGCGUCCCAGCAGCAGCUCCAGCAGGACGGGGGCUCGUGCCAGCAGACCCAGGGCUCCCAGCAGUCUCCGCGGAGAGUGGCCGUGCCCGUGCUCGUGAAGGACGGCAAACCGUGUCAGGGCAGCGGCCACGGGACCAACCCCACCGCGCAGAACCACCACCACGGACAGCAGCAGAGCCAGAGCCAGCAGCAGCAGCAGCAGCAGGGCGCGGUCAUGCUCAUGUCCAACGCGCUGGCGCAGCAUCAGACCCAACAGCAGGUCUCCAGUACGGGCCACUCUCCAGAUUUGGCCGGCUCGAGUCCGCCCGUCUCCGGCCUCUCGCACCUGAACUCCCCCGGGGCCGAGUACGCGCUGCUCUACGGCCGGACGUGGUGA